AUAAAAAAUAGAAAAGGUUCAUACUCAAAAUUAAAAGCUUAAAUAACUUAAUUAAAACAGAUUUUUGAUAAGGAACUAGAAAAUGUCUCGAUUUUUUGCUGGAGGAUCCGACUCUGAGUCAGAGUCAUCGAGUGGAGAUGAAUUACCAAUUAAAAUACAACAGCCAAUUCAGCCACAGAUUGUUUAUAGCGACGAGGAAGAUGUAAAGCGUGUUGUUAGAUCAGCAAAGGAGAAGAGAUUCGAAGAAUUAAGCAACAUUAUUAAAAACAUCCGAAACUUUAAGAAAAUCAAAGAUAUCGGAAGUAUCUUAUCGAGUUUUGAGGAACUGACAAAAGCGUAUUCUAAAGCGCAGCCAGUUAUUCUGAAAGAAGAAAAUGGUGUUAUUCCAAAGUUUGUAAUUCGUUCAUUAUCUGAACUUGAAGAAUUCAUCAAUCAAACAUGGGAUGAUAAGGAUGGCCGUAAGAACAUGUCCAAAAAUAAUGGAAAGUCAUUAAGUACACUCCGUCAAAAAUUCCGUAAAUAUGUAAAAGACUUUGAAAGUGACAUUAAGAAGUUUAGAGAAAAUCCAGAUGUUGGUGGCGAUGAUGAGGAUGAAAUCGAAGAAAAAGUAGUAGAACAAGAAUCAUCAGAUGAAUCUGAAGACGAAAAACCAGUAGAUAAGUCUGCAAUGUUCAAAAAAGAUCCAGUUGAAAAAGUUGUAAAACCAAAAGCAACUAAAGUUGAAAACGAAGAUUCUGACGAUGAUUCAAUUGAUUGGGGUGACAGCGACGAUGAUUCUACAUCCAGUUCUGAUGAUGAUGAUGCAACAGACAUGAAAAGUCGUUUCUUAAAGGAUAAAAUCGACAAAGAUGAUGCAAAAGUAAAGGAUAAGAAAGUUAAGAUCAAGUCUAAGCCUAAAAUUAAGGCAGACAAAAUUGAUGAUCAAGAAGAUGAUGGACAAGGUGCUUGGGAAACUGUUCCUAAAUAUGGAGCCAGUGAAAAGCCUAAAAUGUUUGCUAAAGACGCUGAAAUUGAUCUAAGUGUUGUAUUGAAUAAACUUAGUGAAGUUAUGGCUGCACGUGGAAAGAAAAAGACCGAUCGUAAAAUGCAAAUUGAAUUCCUUCAAGAAUUAAAAGCUGUAGCGGAACAACAUAAUCUUGGACCAGCAAUUGCUGCUAAAAUUCGAUUCAGUAUGGUUUCGGCUAUUUUUGAUUACAAUUUGAAGAUUUCUGAGCCAAUGAAGCUUGAAUAUUGGACUAAAUUGCUUGAAGUUAUGACUGAUAUGAUGAAAAUGUUGUUGGGCAGUGCCAAUGAAGUUUGUCUGUCUGAAAAUGUCACAGACGAGACAGAAGAAUACGAAACAGCACCUUAUCGUUUAAGAGGUUGCGUUUUAACAGCAGUUGAACGUCUUGAUGAUGAAUUCAUUAAAUUGCUUAAGGAAUGCGAUCCACAUAGCAAUGAGUAUGUUGAACGAUUAAAGGAUGAAGUCACUGUAACAAAACUUAUCGAUCAAGUCUUGAAAUAUGUUGAAAUUCAAGGAUCACCAAUUGAAAUUUGUCGUGUCUAUUUACGUAAGAUUGAUCAUCUUUACUACAAGUUUGAUCCAAAUGUCUUGAGAAAGAAAAAGGCACAAUUUGAAGCCAAGACAUCAGUUGAUGAAAUGGAAAAAUUGUGUCAUUUUAUCUACUCGAAUGACAAUACUGAUCGUUUGAGAACUCGCGCAAUUUUAUCGCACAUUUUCCAUCAUGCACUUCAUGACAAUUGGUUCCAGGCACGAGAUUUAGUCCUUAUGAGUCACUUGCAAGAAUCUAUUCAACAUUCUGAUCCAUCAACUCAAAUUUUAUUUAAUCGUACGAUGGCUAAUUUGGGUUUGUGUGCAUUCCGUCAAGGAAACAUUAAGGAUGCUCAUCAGUGCUUGAUUGAAUUAAUGAUGACUGCUAAGCCGAAAGAAUUGCUUGCACAAGGAUUGAUUCCACAAAGGCAACACGAGAGAAGUUUAGAACAAGAAAAGAUUGAGAAACAACGUCAAAUUCCUUUCCAUAUGCAUAUUAAUUUAGAAUUAUUGGAAUGUGUCUAUUUGGUGUCUGCUAUGCUUCUUGAAAUUCCAUAUAUGGCUGCUCAUGAGUUUGAUGCUAGACGUCGUAUGAUUAGUAAAACAUUCUAUCAACAAUUGCGAUCAUCAGAACGUCAAUCAUUAGUCGGACCACCAGAAUCAAUGCGUGAACAUGUCGUUGCUGCAUCAAAGGCAAUGAGACACGGAGAUUGGAAAGCAUGUGCUGAUUUUAUUGUGAACAAAAAGAUGAAUACAAAAGUUUGGGAUUUAUUCUAUGAAUCGGAUCGUGUUCGUGACAUGCUUGUUAAAUUUAUUAAGGAGGAAUCACUGCGCACAUACUUGUUCACAUACUCAAAUGUUUAUGGAGCAAUUAGUGUCGCUUAUUUAGCAGAAAUGUUUGAGUUGCCGAAAAUCAAGGUUUAUUCAAUCAUUAGUAAAAUGAUUAUUAACGAGGAACUGAUGGCAUCUCUUGAUGAUCCAACUGAGACUGUCGUUAUGCAUCGUUCUGAACCAUCACGUCUCCAAGCAUUAUCUAUGCAACUUGCUGAUAAAAUAACAAAUCUCGUAGACGCAAAUGAAAGAAUAUUCGAAGCCAAACAGCCGAACUUCUUCCAACGCAAUAAUUACAACAGAAAUCAAACAAAUCAACAAGGUGGAUAUAACAGACAACAGAAUCAACAAAAUUGGAAUCAAAAUAAACGCCAGGGACGAGGUAACCGAGGUAAGAAUGUCUCCUUCCAGCAGCAAAAUCAACAACAACAGCAACAGAACGAAGAUAAUAAGGAAUAGACGAGAAAGUUUUGAAUUAAUUAAUUUUGUGUUAUUUUACAUCUGAAGAAAAGAAAGUGGCAGAUUUAACAAUUUUGUAAUCCCCGAGAAAAAUGUUUGAUUUCAAUAAUUAUACUAUAAUUAAUAAAACCAUCAAGAACUUUG